GCUCUGUCAAAUCACAACGGCAGUGACGCGCAGGCGGAGCACUUUCAUUAAAACCCUCCGAGGACUUUUUUUUAACGCGUAAAAGUCACGGUGUUUUCGGUAAAUCGGUGUGGAAGUACGCAAACGUCAGGAUUAUGAAAAGCUGCGAUAGUUAGCCAACGUCUCGCGGGCGUUUGGAGCACGUAACGUACACAAAGUAAGUUUUUCUCCCGGCUGAGAGGCGCACGAGACGCGACCGAGGACUAACGUUAAAGGGGAUUUUACCGUCUCGGCUUUCUGUCGUUGUUUUUAUUGUUUGUUUGUUUACACCGAGGGAUGUGAGUCUGCCUGUUUGGAGCUGUUUUUUUAUUGACACAAACAACAAGGAUAACGCCACUUGUGUUUGAACCCCGCUCUGUUUGAAGUCACCAUGCUGACGAACACGGCGCUUUACGCGGUGAAGAAACGGAAGAAGCCGGUUCAGAAAAUACCCAAACCACCACCCCCAGAUGGCGCCAAGUCCAACCCGUCCAAGCGCCACCGCGACCGGCUCAACGGCGAGCUGGACAAGCUCACCAGCCUGCUGCCUUUCACCGAGGAGGUCAGGGCACGGCUGGACAAGCUGUCCGUGCUGCGCCUCAGCGUCGGGUACCUGAAGGUCAAGAGCUUCUUCAACGCCACCAUGAAGAAAGGCCAGAACGGCACCAGCUGGACCAGCGAGCGGAGCCUCAUGUUCGGGGUAAACGCCCAGAGCACGCCGACUCCGUCCUCCACAGCCUCCAUGUCUCACCAGGUGACCUCCAUCGAUGGAGUCAGCUUCAAUGAGGGAGACCUGCUGCUUCAGGCUCUGAACGGCUUUGUGUUGGUGGUGACGGCUGAAGGCUACGUCUUCUACACAUCCCCAACCAUCCAGGACUUCCUCGGCUUCCACCAGGUAAAACAGGACGCAGGAAUAAAACCAAAACCAACCUCAAAACCAACGUUAGGAAGUACUAAUGUCUUCUGUCCACACUACACUUGUCCACUGGCUGCUAGUACUACUACUAUGACCACUACUACUACUAUGACCACUACUACUACUACUAUGACCAGUCCACUGGCUGCUAGUACUACUACUAUGACCACUACUACUACUAUGACCACUACUACUACUACUAUGACCAGUCCACUGGCUGCUAGUACUACUACUAUGACCACUACUACUACUAUGACCACUACUACUACUACUAUGACCAGUCCACUGGCUGCUAGCGAGCAGAGCUCCACGGAGAUCAGCACCAACGUGAUGGCGUACGACCCGCAGGCCAUCCCUCCAGAGAACUCCUCCUUCCUGGAGAGGAACUUCUCCUGCCGUUUCCGCUGCCUGCUCGACAACUCCUCCGGCUUCCUGGCCCUGAACUUCCGCGGCCGCCUGAAGUUCAUCCACGGUCAGAACCGGGUGUCUGAGGACGGGACGUUGGUUCCCCCGCAGCUCGCUCUGUUCUCCGUCGCCACGCCCAUGCAGCUGCCGUCCAUCCUGGAGAUCCGCACCAAGACGCUCAUCUUCCAGUCCAAACACAAGCUGGACUUCACGCCCAUGGGCAUUGACGCCAGAGGGAAGGUGGUUCUGGGUUACGACGAAGUGGAGCUCUGUAUGAAAGGGUCGGGCUACUACUUCAUCCACGCUGCAGACAUGAUGUACUGCGCUGACAACCACAUAAGAAUGAUAAAAACUGGAGAGAGCGGCUUCACCGUCUUCAGGCUUCUGGCCAAAACUGGGACAUGGAUCUGGGUCCAGGCCAACGCCAGGUUGGUCUUUAAAGCAGGGAAACCAGACUUCAUCGUGGCCCGGCAAAGAGCUUUGACAAAUGAAGAAGGGGAAGAGCAGCUGCGUCUCCGAAGGCUGCAGUUGCCGUUCAACUUUACCACCGGAGAGGCGUUACUUUACGAUGUCACUCCGACUGUCGAGGUCCCCGACCCAUGCUCCGCCCCCAAGCAGAGGAAGUUAGACAGCUACUCCGUCAGCCCCAGCUCCAUACUGGGCAGCAUGCUGAGUCAGGACCAGUCUCUCUACUGCGAACACAACACCAACACCCUCAACUCCGUCAGCGAUAUCGCCUUCCAGGACACCCACGCUACAGUCAGCGUCCCUGGAGAUGUGUGGCAGCUCACUUCGCCCAGACCUGCUGUGGGAAGCCUGGUGAAGUCCGAGGCCUCAGUUCAGGACAUGAUGGAGACCCUUCAGCAGAUCCUCGGGGACAACGACCUUGCCGACGCCCUGGACGUGGGGCCCGACGAGCUCAAGAGCUGGGAGAGCACCCUGCUGAAGAUGAGCAACAACAGCUGCGAGAUGAGCGAAGACCUGAACAUUCUCAGCAACGACAUCCUGUCGUACGUGGAGGAGCAGCUCCAGAGGGAGACCGCACUCAAGCUGCCAGAUCAGCUGGAUGACAUACCGACCUGCCUCUCCACUUUGGAGCUCCAGAACCAGAAUCCAGAGCAGGGCGUGGAGCAGAACUUCAGCUGGCCUGUGGAGCCCCAGAACCAGCUGAUAACAAACGGAGGGCAGAUGGUAGCCGCACAGCCGACUCCGGCCCUGGGGAUGAUGAAACUGACCCACAUGGAUCUCCCUCAGAUGAGUUCUGGUUUAAACGGUCCAACCCUUCAGGAGAUCGCCUCACAGCUCCCCGCUUCUGUUGGACUUCAAAUGAGAACCACAGGCAACACUGGCGCUCCAGUUACCUUCAACCCUCCCAUGGUGGCCCAAACACAGAACCAAGUGAGGAACAUGCAAGCCGCUGCUAAGGACAGCAACCUCGGAGCGUUUACGCUCAGGCAAAGUUCAACCAAUCAGAUCCACCCUAACCAAAUGGCUCAACCAAUGCAGAACCACCUUCAGAUGCGGACGCCCAACCUACCAGUCGGCCUCCAGGACCAAAGUGCAAAGAGACAGUUAAAUCCUGUGUUCAACUUUCAGGGAAACCAGUGGAACUCGUCUGUCCCCAACUCAAACCAAGCCGACAACUUUGUAGAAACAUACACCCAAAAUAUUUCAAACGAACCGGCUUUUACUGCAGAUCCCUCCUCGUCCAGCUGCUUACAGGGCCACUUUGCACUUCAGACACAGAACAAUGAGAAUCAGAGACAGUCUUGGCCGCUGGUGCAGCAGCUGAUCACAGGCGGACACCAACAAAUGGCCGCCUGCCUCAACCAAAUGUCAGGGUUUCAACGGAAUACUCUCCCUGGAGUUGUCACGGCCCAGAACGCCGUCAACGGCAGGCCCAUAUUCAGGACUCAAGAGACUCCUGAUGUACCAUUUCCUGUUCAGCCAGUGGUGGAGCCGCCGACUCUUGCACAACCUAGCAGUUGCAUGUUCAGUAAUGCCCCCACCUCUGUGCCUGUAAACGGAGUGCACCUCAGUCAGCCGCCCCCCUGCCAGAGACUGAACCCCGCCGGCAACCAGAUUCCCUCCAAGCCUUCCUGCUUCUAUCAGGGUCUCCCCGGAGGUGGAGCCGUGCCGGGGAUGACGGCUAUCCCCAACCCCGAUGAGGCGCCGCUGUCCUGCCAGAUGACGACCGGUCUCAACCCGAACGGCCUGCUGGUGCAACAACAGCCGUACCUAAACUUCAGUGAACAGGCACAGAUCAACAGCCGUCCGGUCGUUGGUAACGGAGGCUUCCCCUUCUCCUCGCUGCCCAGUGGGAACGCAUACUACUCAGAGAACAAAUAGGAAUCAGCUGCUGCAGCUUGUGGACGGCAGAGGAUCCCGACUCGGACUGAAGCGGCAGUUAAAAGGAAGCAAAAACACUCCUGUCUCUAAACAUGAGAGUGGAUCAGACUGAAGAACAGAAAUGUGCCCAGGAAGCACGAGGAGACACGACAGGAUGCCUCCCCUUUCUUCUUGUUAGGAAACAGUGAUGAAAGCUUUAAGUGUUCAGGACGGCUGCUCUUUGAGGAGGAGGAGUUUGUUCCCGCUGGUUGGAUUGUACCAAAAAAAAAAAAGAUUUGUUUUGUGCAAUCGUGAUCAAGUUGGAGGAAUUUAAACACAAGCACGUCUGGGUUUUUUUCUACCAUGUUGAUGGACGGAAGUUUGGCUGCAGCCUGUCUGGGUUGUCGCUCAUCAUCGGCCAGUAGAGCGGCUCCGUGCAGCUCUUUACUGGAGGUGAGGUCGUCAACCAAAUCAACCCCUCGUCCUCAUCCUCAAGCUUUUCUCUUGUAAAACUCACACACACGCUGCACACUAGUCUCGCAACAGAGUUGAAGUUUUCAGGCAGUCGUAUGUUUGACACCCUUGAUGACCAGUCCGCACCUGAUCUUAUCAGAACAAAGUCCUUCCUCAGCGUCCUUAACGUCCCCUUUUAUUUGCUCAAUUUCGGAUCUGACAGCUGCGGCGUUGCUCACGAUUUCAGCCUUCGACGCUCGUAGUUUACUUUUUAUAGCAUCAGAAUCUUCAGUUGGGGCAUUCUUCAGUUCUUGCCUUAUCAUUGACGAGAGGAUGUCGGACUUUGUUGCCUCCAGGUCCAUGUUUGUAACUGGGUAGCAUGUCGGACGGGGCUACCUGGAGGACUCGGUGUGGAAGGAAAUCAUUCGGAAUUAAAGUCUUUCCAGGUAGUUUACAUGGGAAAUAUUCAUUCCGAAUGAGAGUUUACACGGGAGAUCAGUUUAAUCACGUUUACUGGGGUCUGCGCAAGGUUUGGGGCAGGGAAGGUUUCUGAUUGGAUAGUGGGCAGGGCAGAUGCUUGACGCUACCGUUCUUAGUGCCUUUUUCUGGCUUGUUUUGCUUAUAUUCUUGAAGCAGCAGUACGACAACAACCUUGUUCUGCUAAUGCUUCGUCUGUUGAGGAGGAGAAGGGAGGUAGAAGGUCGAAGAAGGGAGAUAGAAGAUCGUGCUGUGGCGAAUGGAAACCGGUGAGUGCAACAAGUCCGACUGCUCUAUCUCAGCCCGUUGCUAUGUGCGCUAUAUACGUCAUGGCGGCAGAAGGGCAAGGAAACGAGCAUGUGCAGCAAGACCAGAAUGAACUUAAAGAGGAAUGAGUGUAUACAAGUGCGAGAAAUUCUUUCAUUGGGAAUUAGAAACGGAAUAUUCCAGCCCCUUACAUCGGAUUGAAUUUUCAGUUGCAGUGGCCAUUUUCAUUCUGAAUUCGGCGUUUACAAGAUCACUUUUACUAGGAAUGAAUUUUCAUUCCGAAUGAAAAGGGAAUUAAACUGUUCGUGUAAACAUACUCAGUGUCAGAGUUUUGAAAUUAUAGAUAAACAAAAUAUGAUUACAUGCAGUGGAUGCCAUUGCAGUGUCUUAAUAGUAGUUUUGCAGGAGCCCUGAGAAGCACGUCUUACCCCAUGUCUUGCUCAGCAGAUUUCUUUAAGUGAAAUAUUCUCCAGACUUUAUUGUACAGUGUUACCUGCCCGUUUUAAGACAAGAGAAAAGCCCUACAGGAUGAGUGGGCGGGUUGGUUCCCUCCUCACCUCCGACGAAGAGCCCCGAGCGUUCACGCAUGUCUCCACACAGCGGCUGACACCUGAAUGUCUGAACUGAACGAAAGCUAAAGAAAGACGACACCCUGUCAAUCCUCUGCCGUCUCCGACUCUCCCCAACAACCUGCGCUCAGAAGGAUAAAAUAUAUCUUUGUUUUUAUUUUUUGUUGCUGUUUUUGUCCUUUUGAAAAACGUGCAUUUCAACUCUUCACUGUCCCGGCGAGGGAGAUUUGCUUUGCAGACAGGGUAUUAAUAAAAAAGAAAACGCACAAGGAAAUCACGACAUCAUCCUACUAACAAACCAUCUUUUUUAAAGAUUUAAAGACGAUUGAGUGAACACAGCUGCUUCUUUAGUGCCUCUCUUGUGUAUUUUAAAAGCAUUCAGUCAGAGCUUUUAUCACUGAGCCAGUUCGUCCUUUUUCUUUUCUUAUAGUUUAUUUUCCUGUUGUAGGGAGAAAGAAAAAUACAGACAGUGGCUUAACGUGACAGCAGGCUCAGUCUGUUGAGAUUUUAAAACAUUUCCAACGAGAAUAUUUGCAAAACCAAACUCGCCCUUGCCUUAGUUGCCAAUUUUUGAGAUUUUUUUUUUGCACUGCAAGUGUUUGCCAAAGCGUUGUGAAGAGAAAAUAACUCUAAGCUUUAUAACAAAAAGAUUUCAUAAGCAAGAGAAGAAAAUUUUUAGUGCUGGAUCCUCUAGAUUUUAUAGAUAUUGGAUGAUAAACUCAUUAUUUUGUCUUAUUUGAAUAAUUAUAAUAAUAAUUCUACAUUUUAAUGACCCAGACUGAGAGUCUCAGUGCCUUAAAGUUGUCUUUUAAAAAUGUUUUUUUAGAUUCAAACCCCCGAAAAUUCCAAACCAGGAUGUUAAUCUGAGAGUAGACCCUUUGUCCAUAUCUCCGUCCUCUUCCUCUUUCCUCUUCCUGUCUUUGUGGUUAAUUUAUCGACGUUCUUGCUCGGACUGGGAGCAUCGGUCGACGAGUCGCCCCGGGAGCAAAAACACAGAAGUAAAACGAUUAAAGGCAGCUAUUGUAUAUUUUAAAUGAGGGAAAAAAUUGAAAAAAAAAAAAAAAAGAUGAACACUUCACACGUGCCUUUUAAUUGUCUUCUUUGAUUGUCUGUUUAUUUUAAAAAACAAUUCAGCACUUAGAUUAAAACGAAAUGCCGUGAGAAAGCCUCAAACUGCAAGACACGUGCGUCGCUUCAUCCAGUACUGAGCCACGAGAUCUGACUUUUGUCUGAGCGAGUUUUGUGGCACGAGUUCUCAGCACUUUUGUACUUUUUAAAAAUAUAAUUCUCCGAGAAUCAGUAGGUUUCAGAUGAUUUUAGAAGCUAAAAUAAAAGUAGUGACUGCAGACUUGAAUAUGUGACGUAAAAACCAAAAGAGAAAAUCAGUGAAGCCAUCUGUGAUGCUUUAUGUGCUCCAGGAUACCAAAGGGAAAAGACACAACACAGAUCCACACAAAAUAAUUUCCACACUCAAACAGCAACAUCAGACAGAUUGAAGCUGUGCUUUCAGAACAUUCACACGUUAGAAAUGUGCUGCGUUCAUGUCACAAGUUUCCAACUUGUGAACAGCGUUCACACCAACACCCAAACUGAGAUAUACACAGUCUGCUGAAAGCUGCUGAAUGUCCAACUUUGUGUUCGAUAAUGCAUCAAAAGACGAACAAAUAUGGACGCCAGUGCCUGUUGUUCAAAGCGAGACACCCCAGGUGAAAGCAUAACCACAACAUGUUUUUGUUCAGAUUUCUGUUGUGGAAAUUAAUAAAAAAAAAGCCCUUAUUUAAUGAAAAAUAAAGGCAAAUUUUCACAUUUAAUUUACAUUUUAGAAAGCUUGUAAUAUAUAUAAAAAAAUAAUCAUGGUGUAAGUAAUCAGCUGAAGAAAUUUCAUGGUAAUAUCUAUGAAAAAUUUUACCCCAAAUGUUUGUAUAAAAAUGUAUGAAACUUUACAAAACAUAUAUUUAAAUGGUGUUUUCUCAAAAACAUUCUUUUCUAAAGCUCUUUGCUAAACUGCAGUAGCACUUAAAUAUGCCAUAUUUGCAUAUUUAAACAUAAAAUCUCAGAAAACUUGUAAUAUACAAAAAGAAUUGUCUUAGUGGAGGUAAUCAGCUGAAGGCAUUUAAUAGUGGUAUCUAUUCAAAACUCGAAGCCAAAAAUUUCUACUUCAGUAGCACUUAAGCUCACCAAAUUUUCCAGUUUCAUUCCCAUCUAUAUUCUGAAGGUUUUUACCGAGGGGUUUGUUCGUGUGUCGUUCACAGCCUGAUUUAGAGAAGUUUUUUAUUCCUACAAAUAUGGUAAAAAUGCAUUUUAAAUGGCUGUUGACAGUUUCUUCUGAAUUAUGGAUUGAUAAAGAGAGACGAUAUGUCAACAUACAAUUUUCAUAUUUAGACAUAAGAUUCUAGAAACUUGUAAUACAAGAAUAAAAAAAAAGUUUUAGUGUUAGUAAUUAACUGUUAGCUAAAUUUUUUACCCUUUUCACCCGGGAUGUCUCCUUAACAUAACAAACCUAAAUUUGAUGGAUAUACUGUUGUAUAUUAUGAAUACACAGUAUGUUGAAUUGAAUGCACCAACAAUAUAGGAAUGGGAGAAGUAAUGUACAAAACGGCAGCUUUUUCAAAUAUAAUUCGGUUAUAGAUUGUUUCAGUUGGAUUAUGGUCCAUAUAGUCCAUGACGUUUGUGUUCUAGACUUGUUUUCUAGUCUUAAUCAUGACUUGGAAGUUGACAUGAACUCUAGUCACAAGUCAGAAACUGCCCCCGUGUCCCAAAUCCAUCCUACAUACACAGUUAUCACAACAGUACACAGUUUCACUAGUUACACAGUGUACAAAAACUGUUUCAUAGUUUGGAUUUGGGACACGCUAUGUGAUGUGAACGCUUCCUUAGCAGCAAGUGAGAUGUUGAAAGGCAUUCUGGGUAAUGUAGUAAACCACUGACAGCAGAAGUAAAGGAGGCAGGUUGAGCUACAGUUUGUUACGAUUGCUUUGGCUCAGUUUUCUUGAAAUAAUGUGCAAAUUUUUUUUAUUUUUUAGGCUCAAAAUAUCUUUAAAAACAUCUGUUGUAAAGCAAAUGUAACACUUUAUUUAAGCACAGAAUUUAAUUUGUAAAGAUAUGAAUUCAUUUUGGAUCUUUGCAUGUUAUAUGUUUGUGAAAUUGAGCCACAGCAAAUGUAAAAAAAUAAAAAAAUGUUAAUUGUAAUCAAGCACCUGAAAGCCCCACAUUCCUCCCAUGUUGUUUUAGAGGACAUUUUUGACAUGUUGGUGGUGCUUUCAGGUGCUACAACAAAAACCAGAGAGUGUGUCUCCACAGCUGAUUCACCAAAAUGAAACCAAACCCUCAUCACAGAUGGACGGUAUCUUUUCAGAUUCAGUACAAAGUGAAGCGCUCGUUUCAGAGGCGUGUGACCUCUUUAAAACCCCGAGUGCUUUCAGUCCAAUCACAAAGUAUUCAUUUAAACAUAUAGAAUAUAUCUCGUUGCUUGCUUCUAGAUAAAAUAAAAACAUUUGUACUUGUUGUACUCUUCAAACCCCGGGAGGCCAAGGCUCCAGAUUGCAGUAUCUUUGUGUACCUGUAUAUAAAUAUAUAUAUUUGUCUUCUCCUUUUUUCAAUAUUGUCCCAUAUUGUGUAUUGUAAUGUCGUAUUGCCUUAACCCGACUCAUGCCUUUGUCCUUUUUUUGUACAUUUUCUGCACAGCAUAUUCAUCAUGUUAACCCCUCGUUAUUAUGGUUUUUUUGGUAACUUUUCAACGUAUGAUAUCUUGUGGAUUUGCCUUCAAUAUUUUGCCUCUAACAGUGUAUUGAGUGUUUGAGUCGAUCUUUUCAUGCUCACCAUAUUAAAGGUGAUGUGAUCACA